UCAAAAUAAAAGCUUCACAUGAGUCUCGAUAGCAAAAAUCUGACCAGUGUUGGUGUUGCAGGGUCACACUCAGGCUGUGAGGAGUUUGGCCUUCAGUCCUGAUGGGAAGUGGUUAGCUUCAGCGAGCGACGACUGCACCGUCAAGCUGUGGGACCUGGCUCAGGGGAAAACCAUCACGGAAUUCAAAUCUCACACCGCCGCCGUCAACAUCGUCCAGUUCCACCCCAACGAGUACCUGCUGGCCUCCGGAAGCUCCGACAGGACCAUCAAGCUGUGGGAUCUGGAGAAGUUUACGAUGAUCGGCUCGUUGGAGGGCGACACGACUCCGGUCAGGUGUAUAUGUUUUAGCCCAGAUGGCUCCUGCCUGUACAGCGGCGCCACGGACUCGCUGCGGGUCUUCGGCUGGGAACCGGACCGCUGCUUUGACGCGGUGCCGGUGAGCUGGGGAAAGGUGUCUGACCUCGCCAUCUGCAACCAGCAGCUGAUCGGCGUGUCUCAUCAGCUGUCGAGUGUGUCGUCCUACGUGGUCGAUCUGAAGAGGGUAAAGAAGAGCGGUGGCGCUCACAGAGCCGAAGAAGGACCCCAAAGGAGCGGCACUGCGAAAGAACUACGAGAGACCCACGACCACCUGCAGAUCGCAGAGGUUGAAGCACCGUUCAGAGUCUGACAGGCGGAGCCCCGAAGGG